GGAACUCAACGGAGCGAAACAAGACGCCAAGCUCGGGCCGGGGUGAUGUGAUUUGCCUCGUAAGUAUCCGGGCACAACCUCAACAGCUCCACAGCAGGGAAAAAGCAUAAGGACGAAGAGGCAUUCCCUGGCAAGGGCAGCAUAAGUCGCAAAAAAGAAGGAAAGAGAAAAAACAAAGAAGAUAGGGUCACUAUCACCGUCAAUUCGGCAAGCAAUUGAGGUCAGACAACGAGGGUCUGGCUGAUCAUUCUUAAGAACGACCCCCUCCAGAAAAAAGAGAUGCUCUGUCGGCUCCAGCCUUGGUAAGUUUUGUGUGAGCCGCCCAAUAUACUUAGUGUUCAAGCUACUAUCUUCACACGUCGCGAUGGACGAUCUCUACGACGAAUUCGGCAACUAUAUUGGCGAGGUGGGAGAAUCGGAUGAAGAAUCUGCUCACCAUCGCGGUGAUGAGCCCCAAUCAUCUGCUUUCGACGAAGCUUUCACGGGAGAUGAAGAUGAUACAGCCAGUGAGCAUCAAUUGAUGGAAGUGGACGAAGGUCCGUCGAAUGCCGUUAUUCUUCAUGAAGACAAACAGUAUUAUCCAAGUGCUCAGCAAGUGUACGGGGAAGAUGUCGAAACUCUUGUCCAAGAGGAGGACGCGCAACCUCUUUCGGAGCCUAUGAUUGCGCCAGUGCAACAAAAGAAAUUCGCAAUUGAAGAAGCAGAGCUGCCGCGAGUUUAUUACUCACGUGAAUUUAUGAUGGACUUGCUCAGUUUUCCUGAGCAGAUAAGGAAUAUAGCAAUUGUCGGUCAUCUACAUCACGGCAAGACGGCUUUUAUGGACAUGCUUGUUACGCAGACCCAUGAUUUAACUGAUCGCUUGGAGAAGCGAGCCGGUAAACGAAAAGAGGAGCAACUUCGUUAUACUGAUGUUCACUUCUUAGAAAGGGAAAGGGGACUUUCUAUCAAGACGGCUCCAAUGAGCUUGGUCCUUCAAGGCACGAGAGGCAAAUCCCAUCUUUUCAAUAUUCUUGAUACUCCGGGACAUGUCAAUUUCGUCGAUGAAGUGGCGGCUGCAUGUCGGCUAGCUGACGGUGUCGUGCUGAUCGUCGACGUUGUCGAAGGCGUGCAAGCCAACACUGAGCAGAUCAUCAAGCACGCUAUACUUGAAGACCUCCCACUCACGCUUGUUCUAAACAAGAUGGAUCGCUUGAUUUUGGAACUCAAGAUACCACCAAACGACGCUUACUUCAAGUUGAAGCACGUGGUUGAGGAGGUCAACACUAUUAUCGAGAAUGUCAUACCAGGUCAGGGUGAGAAGAAACGACUCAGCCCAGAACGGGGCAAUGUUUCCUUUGCAUGCGCGUCCAUGGGAUGGUGCUUCACCUUGGAAUCGUUUGCCAAGAUGUAUGCAGAAUCCCAUCCUCAGAUUGAGCCCGUCGAGUUCGGUCGACGUCUAUGGGGCGACAUCUUCUACAAUCCUAGGAGUCGAAAGUUCACACGCAAGGGAUUGGAGGAUCAAUCAAAGAGGACAUUUAUAAAGUUUGUUCUGGAGCCUAUUUACAAACUUUACUCGCACACUUUGAGCGAAAGUCCAGAAGACCUCAAAGACACGCUGUCCAGCAUUGGUAUUGAUCUCAAACCGUCGCAGCUGAGGGCUGACGCAAAAGCCCUAAUUCACCUGGUUUGUGAUCAAUUCUUCGGUCCUGCAACAGGAUUCGUGGAUAUGGUGCUUCAGCACGUACCCUCCCCAGCAGCUGGUGCACAAAGGAAACUGGAGCGGCAUUACACAGGGCCUUUGGAUACAAGGGUCGCAGCGGCAAUGGCUGUGUGCGACCCUGAUGGCCCACUCGUGGUACAUGUUACAAAGCUCUUUGCCAGUACGGACGCUUCUAAAUUUCACUCAUUCGGAAGAAUCAUGAGUGGCACGGUCAGGCCUGGUCAACAGGUCCGUGUACUUGGUGAAGGCUAUACCCCCGAAGACGAGGAGGAUAUGGUUAUUGCAACAAUCUCUGACGCAUGGAUUGCGGAAACCGCCUACAGCAUUCCAACGACCGGAGUUCCUGCUGGCAAUCUUGUUCUUCUCGGGGGCGUAGACAAUUCUAUUGUGAAGACAGCAACUAUUGUGCCACUCCAGCUUGAUCAAAAUGAGGACGCCUACGUUUUCAAUUCGAUCCGGCAUAUGAGUGAAUCUGUGUUUAAGGUUGCUGUCGAGCCCGUCAACCCUUCUGAAUUGCCCAAGAUGCUUGAUGGUCUUCGUAAGGUGAACAAAAGCUAUCCCUUGGUUUCGACCAAAGUAGAGGAAUCAGGUGAGCACGUGCUUCUGGGGACCGGUGAGCUCUAUGUGGACUGCGUGCUUCACGAUCUUCGGAGAUUAUUUUCCGAAAUGGAGAUCAAAGUCUCGGAUCCUGUUACCCGCUUUUGCGAGACUGUUGUUGAGACAUCAGCCAUCAUGUGCUAUUCCAUCACUCCCAACAAAAAGAACAAGAUUACCAUGAUUGCGGAACCUUUAGAUGAUGGUAUUGCUGAGGAUAUUGAGAGCGGCAGAGUGAGCAUCAAAGACCCAAUCCGCAAAGUGGCUCGCUUCUUCGAAGAAAAAUAUGAAUGGGAUAAGCUGGCGGCGCGAAGUAUCUGGGCAUUUGGUCCCGAUGAGAUGAGUCCCAAUAUCCUGCAGGACGAUACCCUGCCUUCCCAGGUCGACAAAAAGCUUCUCGGCAGCGUCAGGGAUUCCAUCACCCAAGGUUUCAGCUGGGGCACGAGGGAAGGACCUUUAUGUGAAGAACCGAUCCGUAACGCACGUUUCAGGCUCACAGACGUCUCGCUUGCUGAUCAAGCCAUCUACAGAGGAGGUGGGCAGAUCAUCCCCACCUCCCGACGGGCUAUCUACUCUUCUUUUUUGAUGGCAUCUCCGCGUUUAAUGGAACCCAUUUACGCCUGUACAAUGACAGGGCCUGCAGAUGCGGUCGCAUCGGUGUAUACUGUCCUUUCUCGGAGACGAGGCCACGUACUUUCCGAUGGGCCUAUCGCCGGCACGCCACUUUACACUGUCCGCGGCUUGGUACCAGUGAUAGACUCCUUCGGGUUCGAGACAGACCUCAGAAUUCAUACGCAAGGUCAGGCAGCUGUGAGUCUCGUUUUUGACAAGUGGAGCGUCGUCCCAGGGGACCCACUCGAUCGUGAAGUCAAGGUAAAGCCGUUGGAAAUGGCUCCUGCAAUGGCCACCGCUCGCGACUUUGUCCUCAAGACUCGAAGGCGCAAGGGUCUGGCAGAGGAUGUAACUGUGAGCAAGUUCUUGGAGCCGGAACUGUGGAAGGGAUUAAAGGAAAGCGGUGUUCUAGACUCAUGAAAAACUUGGCCAUGGUGGUGACUAUAUGAUCUAUUUGUUACAAGUUGUACUUGAUGAAACGUUGUAAGAUCAUGAUCAUAUGCAGGAUUACUUCUUUGUUAUCAUCCAUGGUGCAAAGUCGAGAGCAACUUGGAUGAAACAAAAGUCAACAACUGUAAGAUCUAGCAAAAUCACCGGCAGCUUUCGAGCAUUUUUGCAAUAACUCCCAUAAGUGUUCCAUUUUCCAACGCAGCAG